GGAGACCAGCUCUGGUCGCUUCUGAUUGGCUCUUUAACGCGCAUGCGUAGUAAAUUGUCAUGCAGAGCAAUCUCAGCGUCUGAAAAGUUGGAAAUACUGAGUUUGUCCAGAAGUUGAAUGGAAAUGUGUCUCAAACGAUGAGGUAAACGCGAAUGCGGGGAUAUUAACACCGGGAAUAGGGUUGCCCUCGACCGAAGCUCCACUCUCACCAAGUUGGUAGCACCGUCCGGUUUGUCGGGAGGUGAAGAUGAUGUCCGACGCCAGUGAGAUGCUGGCCGCGGCCCUUGAGCAGAUGGACGGCAUCAUAGCAGGCUCCAAGGCCAUGGACUACUCCAACGGGCUCUUCGACUGCCAGUCCCCGUCGUCCCCCUUCCUGGGCGGGAUGCGAGCCCUGCACCUGCUGGAGGACCUGCGGGCCGCGCUGGAGCUGAUGGACGGCGAGGAGCGCGACAACCUGCGCUGCCAGAUCCCCGACUCCACGGCCGAGGGGCUGGCCGAGUGGCUCCACCAGGGCCGGCUGAGUAACGGUCACGGAUUCGGGUCGGUCGAGGCCGCAUACCAGGAACGUCUUUCCCGUCUCGAGAGCGACAAAGAAUGCCUCGUUCUCCAGGUCAGCGUCCUCACAGACCAGGUGGAGGUCCAGGGGGAAAAGAUCAGGGAUCUAGACCGGUGCCUUGCGGAACACCGGGAGAAGCUAAAUAACACCGAGCAGCUGUUCCAGCAGGAGCUGAGCACCAGGACUACUCUGGAGACACAGAGGACUGAACUCAUGUCGGAGCUCUCCCGACUGAAGGUGAAGCUGAGCGACUUGGAAAGAGAUCGGCAAGACGCAGAGGGCCUGUACCAGGAAGUGACGGAGCUGAGGUUCAGGCUGAGCUGUGAGGAGAAUGAAAGGCAGCAGUGUGAGAGGAAGCUCAAUGCCACCACCGAGGAGCUGCAGCUGGCCCGUGGCCGACUGGGGGAGCAGGAGGGGGAGCUGUGGAGGCUGAAGGAGCCCGCCGGCCGGCCGGGGACCGGGGGCCACGACGCAGCGAGAGAUAUGGAAAUGUUGAAUAUGAAGAGUGCGCUGGAGUCGCUGAUGUCCGCCAACAGCGAGAAGGACCAGCGCAUCGAGGAGCUGCUGGUGGCCUCGGCCCCGUACCGGAGAGGCCAGGACCUGAUGAAAGAGAGGCUGAACGAGGCUGAUUACGACGACAUCACCGACCAUCCAUCUGUUGCCGUCGCCAUGGAGACUGCGCAGGUCGUCUUGGCGAUGGAGGCGGGGACGGGGAGGAGCUCCGGCGAGUCCAGCCCCUGCAUCGCGGUGCUGUCAGAGAUGACGGCUCUGGACCGGGAGCGGCAGCAGACCACAGAGAGCUCAGCGCCUCCGUCCAGCAGCACGGCCCAAACCCCCCCCGGUGCUGAGCAGAGCACAAGUCAGGAGGGAUCGGCCUCUCCAACGCUACAGAAUGAAAGCUUCGGCACCAAGAAGGCGCGCUCCUCUUUCGGCCGCGGCUUCUUCUUCAAGUCGCGUGGAGCCAAGCGGACGGGCAGCUCUCCAAACCUGGCGGAGGCGGAGCAGAGGGGCACGGACCACCUGGACCUGGCCGUGGCCCCGCCCCCCCCGCCGCGAGGCUCCGCCCCCGCCGGGCCGGACUCCGCCUCCUCACCCGAAACCCGCAAGAAGACCAAGGGGCUGAGGAAGUUCUUUGGCAGGAUGAAGAGGAGCCACUCUUCCUCGUUGAACCUGGACGACCCGUCAGACUCUGAGUUCAGAAGGGGCGGAGUCAGGGCCACCGCGGGCCCCCGCCUCGGCUGGUCACAUGACCUCAAGCAGGACGGCGGGCCUGCAGACCCCCCCUUCCCCCAGUGGAGCAGCGACCAGGUGUGCGGCUGGCUGGCGGCCCAGGGCCUGGGGCAGUACGUGGCCCAGGGGCGGGAGUGGAUCCUCUCGGGGCAGACGCUGCUGGACGCGCCCCAGAGCGACCUGGAGAAGGAGCUGUGCAUCAGGAACCCCCUUCACAGGAAGAAGCUGCAGCUGGCGCUCCGGGCCGCGGUCGGCCCGGAGGAUGACGACCUCCAGGGGAAGCUCAACCACAACUGGGUCACCCGAUGGCUGGACGACAUCGGGCUGCCCCAGUACAAGAGCCAGUUCGACGAGGCUCGCGUCGAUGGUCGCAUGCUGCACCACAUGACCGUGGAGGACCUGCUGUCCCUGAAGGUGGGCAGUGUGCUCCACCACCUCAGCAUCAAGCGGGCCGUCCAGGUGCUGCGGCUCAACCGCUACCAGCCCAACUGCCUCCGCCGGCGGCCGUCGGACGAGAACAACAUCACUCCGGCAGAGGUGGCCCAGUGGACCAAUCACAGGGUGAUGGAGUGGCUGCGCUCCGUGGACCUGGCGGAGUACGCCCCCAACCUGAGGGGGAGCGGGGUGCACGGGGGACUCAUGGUGCUGGAGCCGCGCUUCAACGUGGAGACGCUGGCCCUGCUGCUGAACAUCCCCCCCAGCAAGACGCUGCUGCGGCGCCACCUGGGGACGCACUUCACCCUCCUGACCGGCGCCGAGGCCGGCCGCAGCAAGCAGGACGGCCUGGAGAACCCCGACUACAGCCUGCUGACCGCCACCGCCCGGGUCAAGCCCCGGAGGCUCUCGUUCGGGGGCUUCGGCACCCUGAGGAGGAAGCAGCCGGAGGACACCAGUGACUACGUGUGUCCCAUCGACGUGGAGAUGCCCAAAAACGCCAGCUUCCAGCAGGGCCUCCCCAGCUAUGGCCAGCUGGCGCAGAUGGAGGACUCUGAGGGGACCGUCAGACAGAUCGGGGUGUUUUCUGAGGAGAUUAAUAAUUUAACGAACAUGCUGCAGGGGGACGUGUUCAUGACAGAGGUCACCGAGGUCGACGGAGGUCAGGGGGACGUUCCCGUGUGAAGGAGUGAUGACACUGCAUCCCGCUGCUCAGCUCAGCUCAGCUAUUACCAAGAACCUUGAGGUCCCUCCCUCUCUCUGUCUCUCUCUCUCUCUCUCUCGUUAAACUGCAUGAACUGAGAAUGUGACAACCUUUACCUUAAUGGUAACCCCCAUCUCAACCACCAUUAUUUUAUCAGUUAUCUUUGACUGCAUCUUCGUUGAGAUAUUAUUUAAAACCAAAAGUGUUGGCCAUGCCUCUAUGUAUUACGUAUUUUGAACCUUCUUGUUACGGCUUUUAACCAGAUGUAUGUCUGGCUACGUUAGACUCUCCGUUAAAGUGUGUUACUCCCGUCAGGCUUGCAUAUCUUUAUCAGUGGUACUUACAAUCACCAAGUAUUAUCUAAGAAAAUAAAAGGACAUGUAUACCAAACCUUUUUCCUGUUCAUGAGUUUCCGGCUCUAAGCACAAUUUCGCCAGAACCAGUGAGGUCAAAAAUGUUAUUUUUUAAUUUUUGCUAAUAAAAAUUUACAAAUGGCUA